CUGCCAAUCCCUCCACUGGCCUCCAUUCAGUGUCCUCCACCCCUCUCUGCCAAUCCCUCCACUGGCCUCCAUUCAGUGUCCUCCACCCCUCUCUGCCAAUCCCUCCACUGGCCUCCAUUCACUGUCCUCCACCCCUCUCUGCCAAUCCCUCCACUGGCCUCCAUUCACUGUCCUCCACCCCUCUCUGCCAAUCCCUCCACUGGCCUCCAUUCAGUGUCCUCCACCCCUCUCUGCCAAUCCCUCCACUGGCCUCCAUUCAUGUCCUCCAUCCCUCUCUGCCAAUCCUUCCACUGGCCUCCAUUCAGUGUCCUCCACCCCUCUCUGCCAAUCCCUCCACUGGCCUCCAUU